GAAGUCCACACUGAUGAUCGGUGCCCAGAAGUGCCACCCACCAGUUCCACCCACCUGUGCCCAGCAGUGCACCCUCCUGUACCCAGCAGUGCACCCACCUGUGCCACCCAGCAGUGCCACACACCUGUGCCCAGAAGUGCCACCUACCUGUGCCCAGCAGUGCCACACACCUGUGCCCACCCACCUGUGCCCACCAGUGCCACCCACCUGUGUCCACCAUCAGUGCCACCUAUCAGUGCUGUCUAUCAGUGGCACCUGUCAGUGCCUCCUAUCCGUGACACCUCAUUAGUGCUGCCUAUCAGUGCCGCCUAUCCGUGCCACCUCAUU